UCUCGUGGCCAAACGUUUUGGGAAGUCGACUGCCAGGCUUGGAGAAGAAAAACACUAACUACCGGAAAGCAAUUCAAUUAGAGAAACGCAUUGCUAUUGCUUUAUAUGCUCUUGGCUCUUCUGCAGAAUACCGAACAAUUGGAAAUCUGUUCGGAGUUGGUAAAAGCACUGUCUGCUCCAUUCUAAUGGAUUUCUGUCAUGAAGUCUGGCGAUGUUUGUGGCCUUUGUAUUUAAAGAAAUUCCCAAUGAACGAAAUUCAAUUGCGCGAGUAUAUAAAGGGUUUUGAGUCAUUGGGUUUCCCUCAAGUGUUAGGAGCUAUAGAUGGUUGUCAUAUAGAAGUGCGCCCAGCUGCAGAAGAUGCUGUUGACUACUACAAUUACAAAGGCUGGUAUUCCACAGUUCUUUUGGCUUUAGUAGAUGCAAGGUGUCGCUUUAUAUACAUCAACGUUGGUAGUCCAGGCCGUUGUAAUGACUCUUCAAUAUUUGAGUGUUCAUCUUUAAAAAAAGAGUUGGUACAAUCUACUAUAUUUAAAGACAUGAGUAGACAAAUAUCGUCAAUUAAUGUUCCAGUCGUUUUGUUGGGCGACUCUGCGUUCAAAUUUGAUGAACAUUUGAUGAAACCGUACCCGUUUUGUGUAAACCAAUCAUUGGAUAAAAAAAAAUUCAACUAUGUACUCUCGAAAUGCCGAAGAGUGGUGGAGAAUGCUUUCGGUCAUUUAAAGGGAAGGUUUAGACGGGUUGGAAAAGGAUUGGAUAACCACAUAGCCAACACGAAAAUUGUCAUAAAAGCGUGCUGUGUUUUGCAUAACUUUUUAAAUGAGGAAAAUGAUGAAAUUAAUGAAAAGUGGAUUGCAGCACAACAAAUCGAAAAUGAAUCUCGGCAGUUGCCAGAAGACGUCUCUAACAUUUGUGGAAAUUUCAACCCAAGAGCAGAGGAAAUAAGACAAGCGUUCGUUUCGUAUUUCGCAUCGCUUGACGAUGGCCGAGCGCAACCACGCGACGUUGAAGGUCCAUCGCCUGGGCUUGAGAGCGGCGACUCUGCUUCUGCAUCGGCCUCAAUGUAAAUUGGCUCCAUGUCCAUGUCAACUGAAAAUAGAAGAAACAAAUAAAAGUGUAAAGAAACAUUUCAUAAAA